AUGAAGGUGAAUAGAAUGGCCAAGACACUCAUCGUUGUGACAAUCAUUACCCUACUGAUAACAUCAGUAGCAGCUAGGAUAGGCGGAGGCGGAGGUGGAGGUGGAGGAAGAGGUAGCAGUGGUGGUGGUGGUGGGAGUAAAGGUGGGAGUAGUAAAGGUGGCAGCAGUAAAGGUGGUGGCACCCCAGCAAGAGGAGGUAGCCCUGGAAGUAAAGGUGGAGUUCCCGUUGGAGGCAGUGGUACAGCCGGCUCUACUGUCCCGUAUGGAGCUGGAGCCGGUGGUGUUGUGCCAAUAGUAAGGGGUAAUCAUGGUGGAGGAAGUUCAGGUUGUGUCUCUCUUGCAAGGGAUGCUGCUUCCAUUUUGUUGCAUACUCUUUUCACCAAAUCUCAAGGAGGACAACCAAGAUAUCAACAAUCUCAUGCUACUAGUGUGAAUUCUACUCAUGGGAUUUGGAACAGAUAUACUACUGGCUCUGGUCGACCAGAAGUGAAUAAUACUAUAUCUGAUGGUGACUCUUCUAGCAAUAUUAUUUCUCAACUUGGUUUGUCUUAA